CGUUCUUAGUUGCGCUUUAGAUAGCGCAUUGUGUGGAUGUGGAGUGUGGUUUUGUGUAGUGAUUUUGUUCGAUAUUUACGUAGUUUUAGUGAAAAACACGCGAAAAAUGUCGGGUAACUCAUCACAAGGUAAAAGACAACCGCCGAGGCAACUGAGGGAGAGGAAACAAAAAAAGCUUUAUUCAGAAGACUGGGCACUAAACGAGGAAGACAUCGAAGGUCAGAGAACGUUCAAUUUGCAAGAAAAAUUAGAAGAUCCGUCAUUCGGAGCUCAAAAUAUAGUUAAGGAAAUGCAUGGCAAUGAACUUAAUGUUGCAUAUUUUCAAAGGCACGGAUUCAGUACGCCUUUGUUGUUCAAAGAAAAGACUGGACUAGGUCUACGUGUACCGACAUCAAAUUUUUCCAUAAAUGACGUCCGAAUGUGCGUCGGAUCUAGAAGGGUGUUAGACGUUAUGGAUGUCAAUACUCAAAAAAAUAGUGAAAUGACUAUGAAAGAUUGGCAGAAAUAUUACGAAGAUCCAGAGAAAGAUAGACUCUUAAAUGUGAUAUCAUUAGAAUUUUCCCAUACUAAGUUAGAAAAUUAUGUACAAAGUCCCACUGUAGUAAGACAAGUUGACUGGGUAGAUUGCGUGUGGCCGAGACAUUUGAAAGAGAGUCAAAUAGAAGCAACAAAUGUUCUUGAAGAAAUGAAAUAUCCAAAAGUUCAAAAAUACUGCCUUAUGUCUGUUAAAGGUUGUUACACAGAUUUCCAUGUAGAUUUCGGUGGGACAUCUGUUUGGUAUCAUAUUUUGAAAGGGGGAAAAGUAUUUUGGUUAAUACCACCUACAGAGCACAACUUAGAACUCUAUGAACGUUGGGUAUUGUCUGGAAAACAAUCCGACAUUUUCUUUGGCGACACUGUAGAAAAAUGUGCAAGGAUAAUUCUUCAGGAAGGCAACACUUUUUUUAUACCUACAGGCUGGAUUCAUGCUGUGUAUACGCCUGUUGAUUCACUUGUAUUCGGAGGAAAUUUCCUUCACUCUUAUGGAAUUGAAAAACAGUUGAAAAUUGCUCAGGUCGAGGAUACCACCAAAGUCCCACAGAAAUUUCGGUAUCCCUUUUUCACUGAAAUGUUGUGGUAUGUGCUGGAGCGAUAUGUACAUUGCUUAUUAGGAAAUUCACAUCUAACCACUGGACAAGAUGCACCUAUACCUCCUGAUAGGCCUCAUGUACACCUCACUCAAGCUGAAUUACAUGGUCUCAAGGAAAUUGUAUUAUACCUGCAUAUGCUUCCACCAAAUAAAAAGAAUGUUCCCGACUUACUGAAGGACCCUAUAUCACUCAUACAAGAUGUAAGAACACUCAUUGGUUUACACAGACAGGAUAAUAGGGAUAUGGCUAUUACAGGACGAGCCAUUCUGGCAGUUCCAGAAGACCAAGAGAACAAAUCAAAAAUAAUUAGCCCAAGGGGACCAUAUAAUAAAGGAAACCAAGUGAACAAGUCUUCUAAACAGGGAGUGUUCAAGGGGCCCAAAUCGUCUGAAAAGGGAGGGCCAAGAAGAAGACGAACUAGGUGUAAAAAAUGCGAAGCAUGUCAACGGAGCGAUUGUGGUGAAUGCAGCUUUUGUCUCGACAUGGUGAAGUUCGGAGGUCCUGGUAGAGCAAAGCAGACAUGCAACAUGCGACAAUGUCUUCAACCGAUGCUACCAGUUACGGCAGCUUGUGCUUACUGUGGAUUAGAUGGAUGGAUGCAGACUCCAGUGACCCCAUUACAAAAAGGUCCCCAACGUUGUGAGAGCGCCAGUAACCUCAUGGAAUGUUCUGUCUGCUACGAAAUUGCCCAUCCAUUGUGCGUCCAACGUCUUUACCCAGAAUUUUCCGGGUACAUCAACGAAGAUAUGCCAAAUUCUUGGGAAUGUCCGAUUUGUUGUAAGCUAGGCAAAAAUACAGACUAUAGACCUCGUCAUUUUCGCGCCAGACAAAAAUCGUCAGACAUGCGCAGAAUGUCGAUAAGUUCAGAUGCUUCUAGUGCUUUUGACAAUAAACACCACCAAGAACAAAUGUCCGAUUCGGGAAGUGAAAGUGAGCAAAGAGACAAUAAAGAAUUGCUACCUAUCAAAAAACGAAGAUCGAGUGAAUGUGCAGAAGUCGAAACAAAAACUGUACCAGUAAGUGAUCCUCCAAGAAAAACAGCUUUCAGGAUGCAGCUAGCGCAUCAGAUAGUCAGUAAUUCUACUAAAAUACUCAAGAAACCAAUGGUGGUAGUUAGACCCGCACCUAUCAUGAUGGUGAACCCAGUAUCCACUAAUAACCUUGCUAUGGAUAAACGUUGUCUACUCCAAGUUUUCAGAUAUUUGUCCCCAAAGGACUUGCUUACUAGCUCUUUAGUGUGUAAAACGUGGGCCACCUUCACCGUAGAUCCUUCAUUGUGGAAGAGAAUGGUUUUUAGCCGUAAACAGAUAUCAUCAGAUAUACUGAAGGGCAUCGUUAGGCGACAACCUGAAAUACUUCACUUGGACUGGUGCCAUGUUAACAAAUUUCAACUACCGUGGUUAAUACAGCGACUGAAUCAACUAAUAGAACUGUCACUAGUGAGUGUGAAUGUAAAGACUGCCAUAUCCUUGCGUACUAAUCAUUCGGCAGUACUUCAAGUGUUAGAUUUGAGUUUUAUAUCUGACUUCAGUGAUUCUGCUCUACGCGAAAUUCUAGGUCCAAACAAUGACUCUAGGACAGGACUAUCAACAGAAAAAAUCCGAUUUCGGAAUUUGAAAACUCUUAAACUUGCUGGAACUGACAUAACUGAUAUUGCUAUGCGAUAUGUCACGCAAUAUUUACCUAGUUUGCAACAUUUGAGUUUGAGUUCAUGUCCGAGAAUUUCGGAUGCAGGUAUAGCACAGCUUUCAACGAAACCAGCUAAAACUGUCACAAACUUGAUUAGUCUUGAUUUGAGUCAUGCCAAGCUGGUAACUGAAAAUAGUUUAGAGCAUUUGUCCAAAUGUGAAAAGUUAACAAGAUUAGAUUGUCGACAUGCCUUACAAAUUUCUACCCAGGCCCUCAUUAAAUUUGCUGCUAAAAGUGAACAUAAUCUGCAGGUUAAAGAUAUCAAACUUGUUGAUGUCAGGCAAAGGGUUUGAAUAUAUGGCAUAACAUUAGAUUAAUGAGGAAAUAUAUUUUGUCCAAAGUUCUUGACUGAUUGAAAUAUAAAGACGAAAUGAGCAGAAUUGUAAGGAAUGUCAAUUUUUUUGGAUUAUGUCAGUAUUUAUCAUUUGUCUCAUUUCUCCAACUCAAAGAACCAAGUGGAAGGUAGACCUGAAAUCUCUGGCGUAGAAUACAUCCAAAACAAGUACUGUCCCCAAAGCCAACUGCAACACUCUUCUCAACGCACAUUUCACCAACCAAGGUGGCGUCUUCAGGAGAUGAAGUAGACUGGUACCUAGUACUUCUAGUACCUAGUACUUCUAGGUACUAGAAGUACUAGGUACCUAGUACUUCUAGGUGAAAGUACUAGGUACCUAGUACUUCUAGAACCAGUCUACUUAGAAGUAGUAAUAGUACUUGCUUUGGACAAAGAAGCAAAUUAUUCCUAAAGAUAUCAUUUUUUUAAAUUUGUGAAGUAGUACUCCAGACCUUUUUUCAAUAAUUAUUUUUAUCCUAACGUAAAUUGAGUUUUCAUAAGAGAAAUUACAAUUACAAAAAAAUCUACAGUAAAGAUUGGAAUUAUAUUUAAACUUGGGAAUAUACCUACAAUAAAAGACUGAAUAUUGGCAGCUGAGAAAUGAACUGAUUCAUCUUUUUUUCUGUGUACCUUCUUCAAUUUAAGGUUGGGUACACUUAAACAUAUAUGAGUAGUCUGCCGUGUAGAAACUUGAAUACAAAUUGUCUUUAAAAUUCCUUUUCAUAAACUAAGUUUAUUUUACAAUUUUUAACAAAAUGUAUUUUAGAAUAAUGAAAAACUACGGUGCAUGUUCGCUACUUCAGAUUCUCAUUUCAGCAAAAUCUAUUCUCCAAGACAGGAAAGUUUAAAGGACCUGUUCUAUUUAGAGACUUGACAUAAGGAAAAGUCGAUGUUGUGACAUUUUUUCACACAAAAUUUUGCAAUAUGAGUAGAGUAAGGUAAUUCAUUGACCAUUUUGAACACAAUAUAAAUUUAUGGCAAGUCAGGCAGUGUCACAACUUAAUAUAUGUGUUUAUGAUACACAAAAAGAAAUUUAUCCACAUCAAAAGGGAACAAAUAUUAUAUAAUGAUAACACUUCCAAAAUACAAAUAAUGAAGUUAUAAAACAACAAAAAAUAAUUGGCGGCUCGGAGCGACUUCAUUUCAGCUGUAGGAAAACCCGGAAAAACCUGCAGCACCACAUCAUCUGAAGAUCUUGAUAUGCCAAAAUAAAAUCAACAAAACAUAUUUUGCCAAAUUCUGUAAACAUAAAAAAAAACAAUAUUAGAGGGGUUGGAGUUUUGACAAAUCAAGAAUUUGAUGUAGCGAAAUUUUUCUGUUUUUGGAGUUGAAAGCAUUCUCAGAUAUAUAGUUUAAGUAAGGUAAUUUCUCUUGGUUAUUAAAUAAUUCUCAUCUUCUAUUGAUGAUUGAAUUUUUCAGCAGAAUAAUGCUUAUUUUUAUACCGCAAAAUCUGAACCUAAAGAUACCAACAAUUUUUACUUUCAAAUUUUCAGUGAAAAUGUUGUAUACUUAUGUAGUAACCAAACACAGAUCCAAGUCCUAAUAAAAAUUAUCCUCUUCUGUUAUGGACUUUAUUUCUGUGAUGUUCAAAAUAACUGAGUUCAGUAAAUUCAGUUUUACGUAUUUUUAUGUAUGUACCAAAGUUUGUAAUAUUAUGUUUUUAUAUGUGAUGAAAAUACUUUUUUAUGUAUGUGAGUUAUUAAGAGUUACGUUAAAUGUAUGAUUUGAUGAAUACUUUUUCAAUGUUUCAGAACGUUCUUUAUUUUGUGCAAUUUAAUAGAGAAGCACUUGUAUAAAAGUAUUACUAGGCAGUAGAAAAAUAUAUUUUUCGUUUAAUUUGUAUAAAUUUAUAGCAAAAUAAAUUUUUCACUUAAGA